GACACCCUGCACUCCCUCUGUGCGUUCGCGAUUGUGCUAGAUUGUGCGCAUCAUGUUUGCCAGGACUGCUCUACGGGCGGCGACGAGGCCCACGAACUUUCGAGGAGUACGAACGGCAGUCACGAUCGCUCCUUCAGCGUCAGAAGUGCACGCCAUGAACCCUCACGGCCUGGAGAUCUCGAAGGCCCAAGGCGUCGCGAAGAAUGGCCUCGUUUCUGCCAUUGGUAACACGCCCCUCAUCCGCCUGAACAAGAUCUCCGAACAAACCGGCUGCGAAGUCCUCGGUAAAGCCGAAUUCCAAAACCCAGGCGGCUCAGUCAAAGACCGCGCAGCAUUAUUCGUCGUCCAAGAUUCCGAAGAGAAGGGCCUCCUCCGCCCCGGCGGCACAGUAGUAGAAGGCACAGCAGGCAACACCGGCAUCGGCCUCGCCCACGUCUGCCGCUCAAAGGGCUACAAACUAGUAAUCUACAUGCCCAACACGCAAUCCCAAGGCAAAAUCGACCUCCUCCGUCUCCUCGGCGCAGAAGUCUACCCCGUCCCUGCCGUCGCAUUCGAGAAUCCCGAGAACUACAAUCACCAAGCCAAACGCCACGCCGAACGUCUCGACAACGCCGUCUGGACAAACCAAUUCGACAACACCGCCAACCGCCAAGCACACAUCGAAACCACCGGUCCUGAAAUCUGGGCUCAAACACAAGGCAAAAUCGACGCUUUUACUUGCGCUUCUGGGACAGCGGGUACAAUUGCAGGUUGUACACGGUACCUCAAAACCAUCUCCGAAAACCGCGUAAAAUGCUACGUUGCAGAUCCUCCCGGGUCAGUAAUCUACACUUACGUCUCCUCUGGCGGAAAACUUGUCGAACGGAGCGGAAGCUCGAUAACAGAAGGAAUUGGGCAAGGCCGCAUCACAGACAACUUAAAACCUGAUAUCGAUCUCCUCGAUGGCGCAUUACAUAUUUCGGAUGAAAAGAGCAUUGAGAUGGUUUACAGGUGUCUGGACGAGGAGGGCUUAUACCUUGGAGCUUCAUCCGCAUUGAACGUCGCAGCGGCGAGGGACUUGGCGCAGAAGUUGGGACCAGGGAACACUGUUGUGACAAUUCUAUGCGAUGGAGCAUAUCGUUACGCGGACCGUCUGUUCAGUAAGAAAUGGUUGGAGAGUAAGAAACUUCUCGGCGCCGUGCCGGAGCAUCUGAAGAAGUAUAUCGUGUUGGAGUAGGGAGAGCGGAAUGGCAUGUCAUAGACAAGCAUAUACACAGUGAAAAGUAGUUCAAGUCACUCUCGGGAAGUGUCUUACCCAUCUGUCCAGUCGCACGACUAAGUGAUAAAAGCGCUAUGGGAGCAGAGGGAAAUUUCACCUUCGAAAUCUCUCAUAUUGUCAUCUAUCAUCACCUUCAUCUUUGUCUUCAUCUGCAUCUUCAAUCAUCAACUCGUCAUAAGACAAACCCACAGCUGUUCCAUGCCAUGUUCCUCCUGUCCUACCACGUACGCUACUUCCUCCAUGCAAGCAGGCAUUUGCUCAUAUGGUAGUCCUUCAAUCCACCCACCACUCAACCCAAAAACCCUCGCUAGCCUCAUCACGUCCCUUCCUUCCCCACAAAGUCCAGAGAGAAGAGAAG